AUGGCCCUCGGAAACUCUCUCAAACAAGGUCGUCCGAAACAGACAUGCUCAGAGAAGAAAGGGUCCGUCCUACCAUACAGAUUGUUGUCUCGCGAGGUUUUUGGGACGUGUGCCUCCCUCACGCCAGAGAGUCGCGUACGGUCGUCUUACUUUGUCUAUCCGCCCACCCUCGGCUUUUCCGGAAGACAACGACGUCCAGAGGAGCCAUUAAGCGACGCAGAACUAUUUAGCAGUUGUGGGGAACCCUUAAGCGAUGAAGGAGAAGAUAGCCAGGAGGUUGAGAAGGACGUGGAGAACCAGAGAAGGAAACUUCAAGAGUCAGUAAAGGAGCUGUGGCCUGUCUCGCGUAAUAUUGAGUUAUGGGUUUACAUGCUCCUGAUUUUGCUCAUCAUUGGGUUUGUCAUUGGCGUUCUGAUUGCUAUUGCCUGUUCCGCACUUCGAUUGGAUACCUCCAAAGAUUAA